AUGAACUCCAGAAUUUCGCCUGCAACCCAUUUUAACGGUGCCGCCGCACUAAUCCAACGGCGAAAGAACAUUCAUCAAACGACGAAACUUUCCAAGAAGUUACUGAUAGCAGUCAGAAAUAACAUUGUUUUCCGAGCGAUCCAUUUCUCAUAUCCGAUAGAUACGGCUUCUGGAAUAUGGGACGAAGAUCUUGAUGACAUGCCUCGAAAUCCUGCAAUCUUAUUGGACCUCAUGUCAGUCGAGGUAGCAGGCCUCCUGGCUGAUGCCGUUCACACACCUCCCAAGGUCAUCGGCUCAGGCGACGAUGGAGACGAAUCAUUGAAUCGUACAGAUGGGCUGCUGGAAAGAGCACAAUCCAUAGAUGCUUGUCUUACGUCCUGGCCCGAGACAUUGCCCUUACACUGGCAUCCUAUUCGAGUCUCCAAGGACACCAUACCGCAGGAAGUGAUCGACGCUGGAAUAUACGAAGGAAGCUGUGAAAUUUACCCGGACAUUAUGAUCUGCAGCACAUGGAACGACUGGCGAGUCGCUCGUCUCAGAAUCCUUCAUCUCAUUGCCCAGCUUCGUCUCGUCAGUAGCCUCGAUCGUGGUGAAACUGGUGCACGAAUCAUCACUGAGAUAGAAAAGCUAAUGAAUGGCAUUUGCGCUAGCAUACCAUUCUGCCUCGGUAGUCGCACUGAGCCUGCGCCUUUUUACCAGGCUGAUGUGGUUUAUCCUGGACUCAAAGGGCGCUUGGAUUCGAAGGAGCACGAAAAGACUGCCAGUGCAUAUGGAGGAUGGUACUUAUUCCGGCCUUUCAAGGAGUCAUUGCAAUUGGGACCAUAUAUAAGCGAAAGCCAGCAGGAAUGGCUGCAUUCUCAACUUUUGCGCCUUGCGAAAUUGUACGAUAUUGAAAUAUUACUCGCAAUGAGGGGCCGCGCGAAGAUCGCGAAUCAACCACGGCAAGCUUGCAUACAAGAAUUCCAGUAUGAAAAUUGCUCUUCAAAGCUAAUGCUACAACUCUUGAACUUGAAGUUUGAGUGGACAUCUCAUCGGUGUUGUACUACUCAGCUUCAUUUCUCGCCUUCAUUGCAAAGCAAAGAUCCACCCCGAGCCGGCCCCCUUUUCUGGCAAAGGAUAUCCGAAUCAUAA